GUUAGAGAAAUUGAAAGGCGUCCAGAGAGGGUCGGCCCUCCCCCCCAAAAAAAUACAGACAGAGAACGCACAGAAUGGGAAAAUCCGAGAGCCAAAUGGAUAUCAUGGAGAAAACGACCAAGCCAAGGAAGCAUCGCUGGACCAUAGUGGAGAUCGGACUGUCUGUUAUAUUACUGCUGAUGAGCUGCGCUUUGGCAGGACUGGUUGUGCUUUACGCUUCAGCUCGCAAAGAUUAUUCUUAUAGAAAUGGUGCAUUAAAAGGCCUGGAGUAUCGCAGGAACCAGGACACCACUGUGUGCACAACUCCGGACUGCGUCACUGCAGCGGCAAGGUUAUUGCAGAACAUGGACCAGAGUGUGGACCCUUGCCAGAACUUUUACCAGUAUGCAUGCGGAGGCUGGCUGGAGAGGCACGUGAUCCCAGAGACUAGCUCGCUCCAUAGCGUCUUCAACAUCUUAAGGGACGAGCUGGAAAUCGUGCUCAAGGGGGUUUUGGAGACACAAAGUGAACAUGAUCGGGAAGCUUUCAAGAAAGCUAAAGUGCUCUACAGAUCUUGUAUGAAUGAGAGUGUGAUUGAGCAGCGUGACUCGCAGCCCCUCCUAAAGCUCAUUGACAGUAUCGGUGACUGGCCUGUAGCCUCUGAGGACUGGAACAACACAGCAGAGGACUCCUGGAGUCUGGAGGACAUGCUGGCAUCCCUAAACUCUCAUUACAACAAAAAGGUUUUGCUGGAAAUGUUUGUUUGGCCUGAUGAUCGAGACUCAAGCCGCCACAUCAUUCAUAUUGACCAGCCAUCUCUGGGAAUGCCCUCAAGAGAUUAUUACCUCAAUGAUGGCAACUACAAAAAGGUGCGUGAGGCUUACCUGCAGUUCAUGGUUUCCAUGGCGAAAAUAGUACGGGAGGACAGGAACCUCACUCAGGACGAUGAGCGCGUGUGGGAGGACAUGAUGCAAGUGAUGGAGCUGGAGAGAGACAUUGCUAAUGCAACGUCUCCAGUCGAGGAACGCAACGACAUCACUGUGCUGUACAACAAAAUGACUCUGCGGGAUAUCCAGGAGACCUUUAACCUUGGUGGUUUUAACUGGACACGUUACAUUCAGGGAAUCAUGGCAAGCGUUUCCAUCACAGUGCAUCCUGACGAGCCCAUCGUGGUCUACUGCUCUCCCUACCUCGAGAAGCUCGACAAUCUGCUUUCUAGAUACAACCGCAGGACAGUGCAAAAUUACCUGGUCUGGAUGCUGAUCAUGGAUCGUGUCAGCAGCCUAAGUCGACGCAUGAAAGACAUCCGAACUCACUAUAGAAAGGCUUUACAUGGGACCACGGUGGAGGAGGCACGUUGGCGUGACUGUGUACGCUACGUCCAGAACAACAUGGAGAACGCAGUAGGGGCUCUGUACGUACGCGAGACAUUUGCUGGAGACAGUAAGCGUAUGGUUGGCGAACUUAUCAGAAAGGUUCAGGAUUCUUACGUGGAAACUUUGGAAGAGCUAAACUGGAUGGAUGCUCAGUCGAAAGAGAAGGCCAGAGAGAAGGCAAUGGCCAUCUCAGAGCAAAUUGGCUAUCCGGAUUAUAUCCUGGAAGAUGACAACAAGAAGCUGGAUCAGGAGUACAUCCAUCUUAAGUUCAGUGAAGAGAGCUACUUUGAGAAUGUGCUGGAAAACCUUCAAGCGACUGCUCAGAAAGCUCACAAGAAGCUCCAGGAACCUGUGGAUCCAGAACUAUGGAUCAUUGGUGCAGCUGUGGUCAAUGCUUUUUACUCUCACAACAGGAAUCAGAUCGUUUUUCCUGCUGGAAUUUUACAGCCACCUUUUUUCAGUGAGAAGCAGCCACAGGCCUUAAACUUCGGAGGAAUUGGAAUGGUCAUAGGACAUGAAAUCACUCACGGUUUCGAUGACCAUGGUCGAAACUUUGACAAAGAUGGAAACAUGUACAACUGGUGGAGCAACUUCUCCACAGAGCAGUUUGAGGAACAGUCGAAAUGCAUGGUGCAGCAGUAUGGCAAAUUCAGCUGGAAGCUUGCAGGAGGUCAAAAUGUGAGUGGCGUCACCACUUUAGGGGAGAACAUUGCUGAUAACGGAGGAGUUCGUCAAGCUUAUAAGGCAUACAUGAAGUGGGUGGAGAGGGAGGGUGAGGAGCCUCGUCUUCCUGGUUUAGACAUGGAUCAUAAGCAACUCUUCUUCCUUAACUUUGCCCAGGUCUGGUGUGGAGCCUGUCGUCCUGAAUAUGCCAUCCAGUCUAUCAAGACCGACCCCCACAGUCCUCUUGAGUACAGGGUUCUGGGCUCCUUGCAGAAUUUUGAAGCCUUUUCUGAGGCAUUCCAAUGCCAGAGAGGUACUCCUAUGAACCCGGAGAACAAGUGCAGAGUCUGGUAGUCUGACUAGACCCUAUAAGUUUCACUAUUUCCUAAGCAAGGUAGCAUGUUCUAUUAUAUAUAGCUGCCGUAAUGUCUGUCUAUUGAAAAAGAUGAGAAUGAGUGAGACAUAGUAAUAAAAAGUGAUUCUGUGAGGUAGUAAAGGGGGAGUGCAAUAAAGACAGAGUGGAAAAGAGACACUUUGAGUGUCAUCACUUGUUGACAUAUUUGUAUAUUUGUAUGUUAUGUGUUAUCAUUCUGUAUUUAUUUCAGAUUAAGUGGCAGGUAUGAUCUACACAGCUGCCGCCUUAGAUGGUGGACGCAUUCCCUAAUAUCUUGACAGAUUUGCCUAUUUUAAAGGCGUAUUGCUGGCUUUAAAUGUGAUAAGCUCUUUAGAAAGGAAAUAUCAAGUCUUUUACACAAUCAUACAAGGAGCCAAAAACUACAGGCUUUGAAGCCCAUGUUUUUCUUUAGGUUAAAAGUAGGUUAGGUUGGAAAAGACCCCGCAACUUGGUUGUCUCUUUUGGGAAAAAGCAGCCUUAAAAUGUUAUAGUGAAGCCAAGAAAGGUAAAAAAAAAAAAAAAGAGAGAGAGAGAAAGAGAUGUAUUAAUUGAAGGAAAGAAAGUAAUGACUUGCAACUUGGGGUUUAAAUAAAUGUAAAUGAUUUGUAAAUGUCAGCUAGCCUAUAGCGCCUCCAUCAGGUCAAAAAAUACCUUAAGACUUUAAGACUGUUAAAUUCAUUAUGGUUUAAAUAGGCACAUUUCUGUGGGAAAUAA